AUGGGCACCACGAUAGACUACGCCUCUUUUCCUCGUAUAUUCGUGCAGAUUAUAGAGGAGUGCGACUCCGCCACUCUGGACAAACUGUGUCUCCUCUCCUCCGCUGUCAAGCAAGAAGUGGAUAAGCAACGUUAUCAAUCCGUCGACAUCGCCAUCAACUGGAGGAAAGACGGUGAGCAACACGAUACGUUCACCCUUCCGCCAACAGAUCCCAAACGCGGGAGCGUCAUUGUCAGGUCGACCGCCUUCGACAUUCCUGUCCCAAGGGCGCCGGAGAGCAAGUCGGAUGAUGAAGCUCUGCCGUUGACAGCCGGCAUCGACCGCGCCCAAGAGUUUGUCAUUCGCCAAGCUCGCACGGUGUCCAUCUGGUCCACGGACUUCAUGUGGGACAACAUUUGCGCCUCAAAGUAUGGCGCCGAUUACACCAGCCCAUUCACGAUGGUGACAGCAUCACGCCUCCACUUUUACCUGUUCGACAUCAAUAUUUCUGGCCAAGAUCAUAGAGAAUGGCUCCCGAUCAAGUUCCCACCAACGGUCCGCGAGCUAUUGAUUCAUAUCGUGAACGAGAGUUCCCUCGAUGGCAUAGAGGUGACGCACAGCUGCACAGCCCUCACACUGCUCAUGGAGGUGGGAUGUGGCAGGCGACUGGUGUCGUACGGGGUGGCGAGAGCUGUACUCGAGGCCUUCGGCGAGGCCGAGUCACGUGAUGUGCGUGUGGGGAGCCAGUGGGGCGUACGAGCGGCACGACAACUGGAGUACGACCGCAUUGGCUCGUUUAUCAUUGACGUCGUCACGCCCGACGUGAAGGAGCUUCUUAUUCUUCCCGACAGGCUCAGCGAUGUCCUCAUCUACCUUAAGGCUAUUCAGGAUUGCGAAACCCACCCCCAGCUCCGGAUCGUUAUCGCUCCUUGCUACAUACUUCCAAAAGAAACAGCUCAUGCUUUGCGGCAAAUAGUGGCCGGCAUGGUCAACGCUGAAGUAGUGGUUUUGCCGCGAAGGUGUAACGCUGUGCACAGGAGCAUGGAGCCGCGUCUCCUUGGUGAUCUGGGAUCGACACAGGGCUGCGCCUGCUUCCGUCCCGACGGGAGCUUGCUCCUUCUUCCCCACUUGAGUCCUUGGCUGUUGGUCUCUAUCCGUCUAUCCUUCAUAACCUCAUCUCCGACCCAGAGCGUUCACUUCGACCCGGAUAUCAUAGCAAUCGAUUUCGGCCCAGGCAUGGUUUCCACACUCGACUACGCAUUCUUUCCCCACCUCUUCUCCUUGGUAGUUGGGCAUUGCGACUUCAAAACGCAACUCAGACUGCGCCUUCUUUCCUCCAUCGCCAAGCUAGAGGUGGACAAGCAGCUCUGCCGCCAGAUCCACGUCUACAUAUUCCCGACGGAGUAUGAAGAAGACCAUCCACCAGACCUUGAGUCCCCACAGUGCCUGCCCGAAGAGGCAAGCUUCAGCAUCACUAUCGAAGUUGGUGAGGCGAGGCUACGUGCUCCCAUACUGUGGUCAGCAGGUUCUAGCCCAGAGAUGGAGGUAUCGGACAUGACAACUGCCAUCCGCCCUGCCUUUAUCUUUGCGCUGCGCAAUGCACACAUAGUGACUACACGAUCUGAGUGCUUGCUCUGGGACCAUACCAGUGCGACGAACGCAGCACAGGGUGGUACUAGUUACCACAGUCCCUUCGAGGUCUUGAACCCCUCCCACAUGAACCUCUACGUUGACGAGUUCCUCUGGCUCGGCGGUGAGUUCAUGGGACCGAACCCAGUUCCUCUCCCCGCCUCCGUUCGUCACCUAUUCGUUCACUUCUGCGACUGUGGUCCGGCCGCAGAUUCGUGGUUGGCACACAAGUGCACUACUGUUACAGUGAGACUCGAGCUUUGCUAUCCCUUGAAGGAGGAGGAUGCCUGCACGCUCAUGCGUGAGCUCAUCACACCUUGCGUCCGGGACUUUAUUGUCGUCGUCGAUGAUAUGAACGACGCCGUCGCAUACCUGAACGUGCUCAAGAAGACCGAUCGCCACUCAUUGCUCGCCAUCACCGUCGAAACGACAAGCAAAGUGGACCCUUACGACCCCGAUGAGCUCCAGGCGAGACUCAAUGAGGCCGCUCAAACGGUAGUUGUAGUUCGUCCGCACACAGAGCGGUUUAGGGUGGAGAGGCGACUCAACAGUGAUUAUCACGAUUCUCUUGCUGUUGCAAGCUUUUCUGAGACGUCUUCGGUACUCACGGAGCGAGUCGGAGAUCGAGACGAUCGAGACGAACCGCGCCUGCUUCCGUUUUUCAAUGAGCCUGCCUCCACUCACCGAGCUUCAGGUCGCACCCCUCCACAUUUCCUCACCCCAACUGUGUUCAUCGCAGUAAAUCUCGUACCUUCUUUCUGUCUUCCCCCUCUGCUGGAGCAUAAGUCCCAGGGUCAUCGCCUCUUCGACAUCAGCAUUGCCACCAUGGUCGCUGCACUCGACUUUGCCUUCUUUCCUCACAUCUUCCACGAGAUCAUAGCUCAGAGCGAUUCCAAGACACACAACAAGCUACGCCUUCUCUGUUCGGCCGCUAAGCUCGAUCUCGACAAGUAUCAGUGCCGUGACGUCCACGUUUCCAUCUAUCGGACCGAUAGGGGGAUCCCCCCUCUCUGCCCUCGUUCGCCCCUGCCAGUUCAGGACGCAAGUCUCUGGGUUUCAUCUCGUGCACCCGUUCUGUGGGCGGCGCAACAUGGGCCAGAACAUGAGGCACCAUCAAUGACGGAAAGUAUCCGUCCAGGACAAGGUUUUGCACUCCGCCAUGCACGUCAUGUGACUGCGGAUUCUGAGAUCCUUCUGUGGGAUCACGGCUGUGCCUCCGACGCACAGGCUAAGGGUACCAGCUACGACAGUCCGUUUCAGCUCGUUACGGCGCCUGGAAUGCAUCUCCUCGUGGAGGACGGCUUGCUCCUCGGGAGUGACUACGAAGGGCCCAGCCCGGUCCCAAUCCCCCCUUCUGUGAAGCUUGAACUUCUGGAGUCUUUGGAGUUUCUUGGGGUCACCGAGUUCAUGAUCAGCCUCCUCACGCCCCGCGUCCAGCAGUUCACUCUCGUCUACGAUGAGCACAAUGAUGCGAUCACAUACCUCAAGGUCCUCAAAGACCACGAGCGCCACCCACUGCUAUCAGUUGUCGUGGAGCCCACCAAGAACACAAGUCAAUGCGAAGCCGACAUCCUUCAAGAUAGGCUGAGCAGGCUGAUUCAGAGGGAUGUGACUGUUCGACUGCACAGCGGGUAA